GUGUGUGGAGGCGGGUGGGGGCCAGGCUGAGCUGGAGGCGCUAAGGCUCGAAGAAACGGAAGGGCCGAUGGAGUUGCCCCCUGCGCUCUGAGACAUAAAUUUGAAAUAAAUAAGGGAAAAGAACCCUGACAAUGUCUUCGGUAGUGUCAGAAUAUACCAUUGGUGGGGUGAAGAUUAUCUUUCCUUGCAAGGCUUACCCUUCACAGCUUGCUAUGAUGAAUGCAAUUGUUAAGGGGUUAAAUUCUAGGCAACAUUGUUUGUUGGAGAGCCCCACAGGAAGUGGUAAAAGUUUGGCAUUACUUUGUUCUGUAUUGUCAUGGCAGCAGUCUCUGCAUGAGAAGUCACUGGAUGAGUUCUCAUGUGAAAAGGAAUGCAAAAAACCAGAGACUUCAUUGUCAUGUCACUGUAGAUGCCAUUCCCAGGCUGUGACUAAUGACACUAUUGCAGAUAUGAACCAAGGUGCUUCUUGUUCUUUCACUAAUUGUAAAGCAGCAACUUCCAUAAAAAGUGAAACACCAUCAACAGACAAAGUACAUAAUGCAAAAGUCACACUGUCUUCAAAAUUAUCUGCAAAGAAAUGGGCAUCUUUACAUGGAGAUGAAAAUGAUGACUUUCAAGUGGACAGGAAAAGGAUACGUUUAUUAGAAACUGAGCAGCAGAUAAGAAAACGUCAUUGUUUUGCAAAGGGAGUGCAGUUUGUUGAUGCUUUGGAAGUUUAUCAACAGAGAAGAAAUGGGGAACUGAUUGUUCACUCAGAAAAAAUUGCUUCUUUCUCUCCAAAAACAUCUCCAGGCCCUUGCACACAAUGUUCCUGUUCUUCUGCAAAAGAAAAUGGUAAAAAUGUUAGUAAUGCAAAGAGGAAGGAAAAUGGAGGAAAGCCACACAUCCCCAAAAUAUUUUUUGGAACUCGAACACACAAGCAAAUAGCUCAGAUUACUAGAGAGCUGCAGAGGACAGUGUACUCCAGCGUCCGUAUGACGAUUCUUUCUAGCCGGGAUCAUACCUGUGUUCAUCCAGUGGUAUCCAGAAGUAGUAACAGGAAUGAAAAAUGCGCAGACUUACUGGAAGGAAAAAAUGGCGGGUCCUGUGUUUACUACCAUGGUGUCCAUAAACUUAGUGAACAUCAUGCUCUACAGUUUGCACGUAAGAAGUGUCAGGCUUGGGACAUAGAAGAUCUAGUAAGCCUGGGAAAGAAGCUACGUGCAUGUGCCUAUUUUGCAGCUCGAGAACUCAUGGUGGGGGCAGAUAUUGUAUUUUGUCCUUACAACUAUCUGCUGGACCCACAAAUAAGAGAGAGUAUGGAGAUUAACUUAAAAGAGCAAGUAGUCAUUUUAGAUGAAGCUCAUAAUAUUGAAGAUUGUGCACGGGAAUCAGCCAGUUACAGUGUUACAGAAACACAGCUGAGAUUUGCUCGAGAAGAACUUGAUAUCAUGGUGGUCAACAACAUCAGACGGAAGGACCAUGAUCCCCUGCGUGCUGUGUGCUACAGUCUGACAAAUUGGCUGCAGGAAAGCUCUGGUCAGCUUAAAGAAAGGGGAUAUGAAACCUCCUGUAAAGUUUGGAGUGGAAAGGAAAUGCUCGCCAUUUUGCACAAUAUGGGAAUAACAAAUGCUACAUUUCCUAUCUUGCAGAAACAUUUUGCAGCUGUCCUUGAAAAAGAAGAAAAAGUAUCGAAUCUUCAUGAAGGAGAUGUGCUUAUUGAGGUUCCUAUUGUGAGCCCUGCCACUCAAAUUGUGCUAAAACGGUUAUUCAUGGUUCUGCUAUAUCUUUUUAAAGAUAACAACAGAUUUGCAGAUGACUACAGAGUUGCUUUGCAACAAACAUAUGUUUGGACAAAUGAAAAGCAAUUUGAUAUUCCAGAUAAAAAUGCUUUCUUUGUACAACCAAAACAUCAGAAGAGUUCACGGCAGAAAACAGCAGUCCAUACGCUUAACUUUUGGUGCUUGAAUCCAGCUGUGGCCUUUUCAGAUUUAAGUGGUAAUGUCAGGACAAUUGUUCUAACAUCUGGUACGCUCUCUCCAAUGGACUCAUUUUCUUCAGAACUUGGUGUGAAGUUUGCUAUCCAGCUUGAGGCAAAUCAUGUUAUUCAUAACUCACAGGUUUGGGUUGGCACCGUUGGGGCAGGCCCCAAGGGUCGGAAGUUGCAUGCCACAUUCCAGCAUACAGAGACCUUUGCAUUCCAGGAUGAAGUGGGAGCACUUCUGCUUUCAGUGUGUCAAACUGUUGGCCAAGGGGUCUUAUGCUUUUUGCCAUCUUAUAAGUUGUUGGACAAAUUAAAAGAUCGCUGGAUGCAUACUGGCUUAUGGAGAAACUUGGAGCUUGUUAAGACAGUCAUUGCAGAGCCUCAAGGAGGAGACAAGGCUGACUUUGAUGCACUGCUCCAAAUAUACUAUGAUGCAAUAAAAUAUAAAGGAGGAAAAGAUGGAGCACUUCUUAUAGCAGUAUGCAGAGGUAAAGUUAGUGAAGGCUUGGAUUUCUCUGAUGACAAUGCCCGUGCUGUUAUAACUAUUGGUAUUCCAUUUCCAAAUGUGAAAGACCUUCAGGUUGAGUUAAAGAGGAAAUACAAUGACCAGCACUCAAAGACAAGAGGCCUUUUACCAGGUAGCCAGUGGUAUGAAAUUCAAGCUUACAGGGCUCUCAACCAGGCACUCGGCAGGUGUAUUCGUCACAAAAAGGAUUGGGGUGCUCUUGUGUUAGUCGAUGAUCGCUUCAGGAGUAACCCUAAUAAAUACAUAACUGGAUUAUCCAAAUGGAUUCGUCAACAAAUCCAGCACCAUGAGAACUUUAGUACUGCACUUGAUUCGUUGGAUGCAUUUGCUAAAAAAAAUCAAGUGGGCUCUGGUUUUUCAACCCAGUGUAAUAGUGAAUCUCUGCUCAUACAUUCAAGUUCAAAAGAUCCGUCAUCAGCUUCGUUAUGGGAGGCAUCUAUUCAUCUGUCACCAGAUGUUCCUGUUGAAAGUAAGGUGCAGAAUUUGGUCCUGGAAGCUCAUUCGCCUACAGCAAUCAACACAGUUAAUUCUGCAGCAUCCAGUCAGUCAAGUAACAUCAUGGCAACAAAGAAAAAUGGUCAGAAUUUUGGUGUAGAAAAUUAUAUUCACCAAACAGAGAGGAGAGAAAAACAUAUGGAUUCCAAACCAAAAAGUCCUGCCAUCAAAAAAGAAAGGGAGAAAAGGAAUAGCUGGACUAAUGCUGACCUUAUGAAACAAUACUUCAGCAAUAAGCCACUGACUUCAACACCUCUGCCUGUGAAUGAAAAGAAAUGUAUCUCCAAAGCUAUGUGCAAACAAAAAAGAAGAACUAUUGAAUCUAGUCAGCCUGUUGUUAAUGAACGCCAGUGCCAGUCGUCAUUGCUUACAGAACAUACACCAAGUAGACCAGCCUUACAACUGGAAACAACUAGUUCCUCAGAAAAAAAGAGUGAGGCUGCAGCUGCUGAAGAACAUCCUGCUGAAGAGCAAUUCUGCACUGAUGGAGUCAUAAAUCAAUGCACUGAGUUAUCUCCAGUAAGAGGAAAAAUUGAACUUUCAACGUUAAAUAUAGCCAUAGAAGCAGAAGCUGAGGAUGAUAGUAUCUAUUUUACACCUGAACUUUAUGAUGAUAUAGAGUCAGAGGAACAGCAAAUUGAACCAUUAAUUCAAACAUGUAAUAAUACUGUGAAUCAGAAUGAACAUGGAGCUUGCAUUGUAGCUGAAGAUCUUUUUGAAAUCAGUACUUCAAAAGUAGUAAGCUCAGUUGGAGAAAUAAAAAGUAAUGAUAACAUGAACACAGAAUUAGCUAUAAUAAUGCAAAAUGACAAGAUUAAGGGUAAUGCAGAUAGUGAUGCUGAAAGUAUUACUAGAGUAGGAGAAGUGGAACAGAAAAAAUAUCAGGAAAUGGACACCAGAAAAAAGACAAGUAAACUUUCCAGAUCACGAAACAAAGGACUGAAUGUGCAAAGAGCAUGCAAACGAAGAACCAAGAAAGCUGCUAGUAGGGGAAAUGGCUUCAUCUAUGAAAGAAAGGAAACACGCAGCCAACCUUGCAGGUCAGGACUGUAUUGUAUUGUCUGUGGAGCUGAAAUAUUACCAAAAGCAGAAGACUUGGACACCGGUUUAUCUUUAAAUGCUAUCUGGAACGUGAAGGAAUGUUCUGUGACCAGCUAUUUGCAAUGCAGAAACUGUGUCAUCUGGUCUAUUUCUCCAUGUCCUUUGAUAGGAGCUGAAAUUAGUGAUCUCAAUAACAGUGCGCAGUCAUGGGGUGAUUUUUGACUAUGCUAAUGGACAGACUUAUUCUGAACUAUAGUGAGCAAACAUCUCAUUAUUAUACCAGCAUCUCAGACGUAUUGAUUAUAUCUACAUAAUUAAUUAUCUGAUUGAUAUAACACAUAUGUAUUUAUUUGAAUGGAAAUGCUGUUGCAAAAUUAAUUAAUUCUUUUUUUGUAAUAAAAUGCCUUACUGUUGAUAGGGUUUUGAAAAAUGCCUUGGAAGUUUUCAACAAGAACACUCUAUAGCACUCUAUUGUUUAGUUUAAAAAUUGUUUAAGAAUUGUGCUGUAAAAUUGAGUGCCCUUUUAGCUAUUUUAAAUCAGGUCUACAAUAUUAAAUGCAGUAUGAGACAUAUGUAUGUAGUAUGAAUUUUAGUAUGUAACUAUAGACUUUAUACAUAUAAAAUAUGUAAGUGUGUAUGUGUGCACACUAGAACAAUACAAACAACACACAUAGUGACAAAUCACUCAAACAAAUGUGCAUUGGUAAGCAAUACUGUAAGUGCCGUAAGUGGAGUAAGGCUAAAUAGGACCUACAUCCACUAAAAUUUCAGGCACGCUGCAAAAAUGUUGGUACUUUACCCAAAUAGAUUUUUUCCUCCCACUCCAAUAUCCUUGCUUUUCUUCUCCUAUGAGGCAGGUUAGCCAUUCAGCUUGCUUUACCUCUUGUUGCCCUCUCAGUUGUCCCUUUUAACAAAGGAUUCUGCCUUAAUCCACUCUUUUUUAUUCCAAGAUAUAAUUAUAUGUCAUCCAGAAACAGUAUAAUUCAACCUCGGGAUUAUAAAUCCCCCUCUCCCACUCAUAAAACAAUCAAACAACAAGGAACAAGACCGUCCCUGGCAUUUGCAGAUGUAGCACAACUGAAGUCAGUGUAAUUGUGCUGCUCAUACAAGGGCUGAGUUUAGCCUGAAACGCUGCUCUACAGCCAAAAUGCUUCUGAAAUAAAUGUAGUCCAACUUUACUAAUUCUGGGUCACUGAGAACGAAAAUGAUGCUUAAAAUUGUUGAUUGGCUCUAGUUUUCAAGAUAUGCUAUUGGGUCAGUAUAUACAACCCUUGACUUGAGAAUGGUGGAGGAUAAGUGAGUUAUAAAGGGAAGGGAUCUCAAUUUAAACCAGAAAUGACUAAAAUAC